CGAUACGACCUCCACUUCCAGAAAAGAUACAAAGUUGUUAAAGUUAUGUUGAUAAAUUGAUAGUAAGUUGACAAGAAGAAAGGAAGUAAUGUUGCUGUGAAGAUAGAGUAGUUAGGAACACAAUGAAUUUGCAGGUUCAAGAAGUUACUGCGUUUCUCAAGGCCAGACAUGUUCCAGUUAUUGAUGAGUGGACAGUCGAGUGCCUCGACUGGCUCAAGCAAGAAUACCAGGGUCAGAAUAUAACUUCAGAUGAGAUGAAGGAGAACGUUUACGAUCAGUGGCUAGAUUCAGAUCUUAAAGAAAUUGCAGCGCCGUCUCUACCUCAGAAUAUAUCACAGCAGAAGAAAACACUACUCUCUGGCAAUUAUGCUCUCCAGAUUAAUUCGUUGCAAGAUGUCAGCAUGCCUGCCUAUGGUCAGCUAGUCAAGCUGCAAGGGAAAGAGAAUGAAAAUGUUCUUGUGUGUGCGACGCAGCAGACCCAGCAAACGCAAAACAAGUUUGAGCCCAAGUCGAACCGGAUGCUUAUGCUUCAACUGACUGAUGGUCACCAGUCGUUAGAAGGCAUGGAGUACCAGCCAAUACCAGGUCUCAGUGUAGACACAUCACCUGGCACUAAGAUUAUGGUGUGCGGAAGCGUGCAGUGUCGGCUUGGUGUACUUCUCCUUACAGCUCAGAGUGUUCAAGUUCUUGGUGGUGAUGUAGAGGGGUUAUUAGAAACAAACUCAAAGCUACAAAUUCUGUCGAAUGCUCUUGGAGUGGAUGGGAGUCAGGUCAGCCAGCAGGAACCAGUUCAAACUGCAUCUAACCGCCGAGAACCAGUCAUCCAAGAGACUAUUGAUCUCACAAUAAACACCAACAGCAGUAAUGACAAUGUAAACAGCAAUGCUUUUAGAAACACUGGUACCCAUCAAGUGUUACCCAGCAGGACGAAUGAGGCAGCGUUUGAUGAUGAAGUAGGAUUCAGUGAUGACCUCGGGGAUGACCUGGAUGCCUUAAUGCUGAAUGAAAUCCAACAGAUUGAAGAGAUGGACAGGAUACAACAAAUGGCAAGCAGUGCUGAUGAGGAAACAGAAUGGCCAGCCGAUGUCGACAUUGAUGAGGUGUGGUUGGAACAAGUAGAGCAUAAUCACAACGUCGAGGGACCUGAUCAUCAAGGACAGAACAUUCCAACUGCUUCCAGUUCCUCAAUCCGAAAUCGUCAAGAUGUCAAGAAAGUCCAGGAAGAAACCACUUCUACUCACCUCAAGGCGAGCACAGCUUCGUACCAAACAACGACAAACAGAAGUUUCCCUUUAGGAAGCAAAGUUAACAACAGUGAUGGUUACGUACAGACUGGCGUCAAACUGCAAGAUAAGAAAACUGAAGUUAGAAUAACUAAACCCACUGGUGUGCGUUUAAACAAAGUUGUGGCGUUGGAUGAAGGUAAAACAAAACCAGAGUUAAACAGUUUUUCUGCUGAUAGAUCGGAGUUCCUUCCAGAAAGGCAUAGCAGUCUCACCUCUGUUUCUACAAACUCAAACAAACUUGUAAAUAACAGAAGCCAGAAUUCAAAUCGUCAGCCAGAUUCUUCUGGGCUUAAGUCCCGAAUUAAUCCAGGCCAAACUUCAUGUACGUCAAAGACAGUCUCCCCGAGUUCUACUAACGUAGUUUCAGAGUCAAAACAAUGGAAUCAACAGAUAAGACCAGCACUUCAAAAAGACACCAGCAGCUCCAGAAGUAAUUAUAAGAAAAACUUACAGACAGUUUCAGGAAAGCCUGUGCCAGCGACGGGGAUCGCUGCACGUAUAACCAAAGAGCCCUCGGGCAAAGACACAUCUGAUCCGUCCAUUUUAUCUCCUGCAUCAACUGUCGAGACACCAAAUGCUACCUCAUGCAUACAACCCAGUGGGGCUGAUGCAUUUGAAGCCAAUGGAUCUAACGUAUUUGAGGAUGCAAGUUCUGCCAAACGAAGAAGAUUACGUUCAAGUGAAGGUGUUGCCAUCAAGGAAAGCUCUCCCACAGUCACUUUGUUAUCUGUCAUGUCCAGGAUUCAAGCUCAAGAAAUCUUCACAUUCAAUAUUAAGGGCUUUGUUGUCACGCUUCUUUCCCCUUUGUCCCGUAAAGAUGGCUACUGGAGCAUUUUGGCAAAGAUCAGCGACAAAACGGCAUCAGUGGAUGUAGAGUUAUCAAAUCAGGUACUCACACUGCUAAUAGGAUUCUCCGUUCCCGAAAUGACACAAAUGAAGAAAUCUCUUAAAUCUUUGGAGGCAACUGAAGCAAAAGAUCUUGAAAAAAAACUACGCCAGGGUUUGGCACAGUGCCAGAAAUCAUUAAUUGAUAUGCACUGUCUCAUGACCAUCAAAGUGCGAUUGGAUGAAGAGCGCCCUCUGGUGACGAUGGUGGGAACGACAAGUCCAGAGGACAUAGCAACCAAGUUCAGAGAAGUUCCGAAGCAGUGAUCGACUAGAACUACACUGGCAGGAAAAUCACACAGUAGAUGUCCUUUAAAGUUGCUAUGUCAGAUUUUUGGCCCCAAACAUUAAAAAAUAUUUUUUUUUUUUAGUGAAUGGUAUUUCAAAGA